AUGCCGCGCAUGAACCUGGGCCUUCCAUACAACAAUUGCAGCCUACAACCAUGCCCAGUCGGGUUUCAGAGCCCCAACCUCCUCCGUUGCGGCGGUUGCAGUGUUGUUAAGUACUGUGGAAAGGCGCACCAAAAGACCGAUCGACCUAGGCACAAGGUCCAGUGCAUCCCCAUCGCUGACCAAAACCCUUUCGACACUGCUGUUGGCCUUUUCUGGUUCUUCAAAAGCACGCGCCCUUAUAUGCAGGCUCGCUUCGACUACAUCACCGCCAUCCUCAACGUUCGCACUGGCGAAGCCGCUGAGGUCGCUCUAAAUGGAUCUCUUGAAAUGGUGCAUCUCUGCCGAGGCGACAACCUGGGUGUGCGUUCCCAGAUCCCUGCACUGUAUCUGCGACUUGAGAGGGACCAGGAAGCAUACGACUUCAUCAAGUGGCAUGGUGUGAAGGUCACCGACGAUUAUGAUUGGCGCGAUAUGAGUCUGCCCUACCUCGACCUAAAAGGAGAAGACGCAUUCGAGCCUGUCCUUGAAAAACCUCACUACUACGACGUAAGCUUCACUGUGGCCUUGACUCUCAUCAAAAUUCGCCUGUUGAAAGACUUGGAGUCUCUUCAGAAGUUCAAGCGGGGCAAACCCAACGCGACUGGGGAAGAGGUGUAUGAUUAUCUACAAGAGGAGGCCAUGAGUGAUGUGCUGCUGAACCGAGGGGAUAUUGCCGCGCAAGACAGCUAUGAGGGGACAAUCGCCGAUCUGCAGGGCCAGAUUCUGCAGCUGUAUAAGAUGGUCAAAGAAAAGAACGCACAUUUCUGGCCGGGCAUUAUGAACCCGAAUCUCUACGCUUACGACGUCCCGACGAUUUAUACCUUUGGUUCGCGCGGAGAGGCCGUGCUCAUUUUCCAUAAUUCAUGGUACUCGUGGUCAGAGACUGAACCGGCCAUACAUUAUAUCAGAGAGAUCAUUUCGAAGAACCCUUAG